UUCCCCUUCGGUCUCAAAGAAAUGGAUGAGGAAAAGAAAUCGGAGAGGGAGAGUAGAACCAGCGAGUCGGAGUGGGCCGAGUUGACUCACGAGUGCCUCAUCAACAUCCUCUUCCGCCUCUCCUUGGAGGACCGAUGGCGGGCAGCUAUGCGCGUGUGCAAAGCGUGGCAUCAAGCCUGCAAGGAUCCCUACCUCAAUUCGGUUCUCGACCUCGAAUCUCAUUUCGUCCCUGCCAAUGAAUUACCCCGCUUCUGGACUCCCGACUUCGAGCGCAGGGUUGAUAAUAUGCUCCGAUCCGUCGUCGUUUGGAGCUCAGGUUCCCUCACUCAGAUCCGCGUUAGGCAUUGCUCCGAUCGAUCUCUCGCCCUUGUUGCCCAAAGGUGCCCGAAUCUUCAAAUUCUUUCUAUCAGGAGCUCUCCUCAUGUUACCGAUGCAAUCAUGGCUGAAAUAGCUUCUGGAUGCCCCAAGAUCGAGGAGCUCGACAUCAGCUACUGCUAUGAAAUAUCUGACAAAUCUCUGGCAAUCAUAGGCGCUCGUUGUCCAAAUCUGCAUGUGCUUAAGAGAAACCUAAUGAACUGGCUGGAUCCUUCCCAGCAUGUAGGAAUUGUCCCCAACGAAUAUCUAAAUGCAUGUCCUCAGGAUGGGGAUUCAGAAGCUGCCGCCAUCUCAAGAUGUAUGCCUCAUCUUCUCCAUCUUGAACUCAGAUUCUUAAAGUUGACAGCAAAAGGGGUCACUCUAAUCUCUGAAGGGUGUAAGGAGCUGGAGUACAUCGACUUAUCUGGGUGUGCAAAUGUGACUAGUCGAGAUAUCGCUUAUGCAUCUCUCAAUUUGAAAAACUUGAAAACCAUCAAGAAGCCCAACUUUUAUAUCCCAAGGUCAUCUUUCCACGCAGAAAGAUAUGGGCAUUGGCAGUUGUACGACGAGCGGUUUCAAACAGAUGUAUUCAGAAUUUGAUGGAGAUGAAGGUACAGUGACAGGUUGUGUUUCUCUAUUUUGUGUAUAUAUCGUUGGACCCUAGCUUUGUGAAGCGUUUGUAUCAGCAAAUUCAAAAUUGCAACUUCUUUGUUCUAUGUUUUGUUACUUAUUGUAAAUUUACUAGAUUUUAUAACAUUGUUUGAUCA